AUGAUCCUCUGUGGCCUUAGAACGUCCAACCUCCUCGUGCAUUACCUAUCUCACACCCACAAUCACCAUUUCCGGGUACCCCAAGAACAAAAGGACUACGUCAUCAAACAGGUUGUAUGUUUCGGGCGUCGGUUGCAGAGGGAGAUGAAAGCAGUGCACUUCAUGAAGAGCCGAGCUCGAAACGUGCAUGAGUGGUUUGGACAGGGACAAAGCUUCUGUCUUUUACAAACGAGAACCGAGCUCAUAACCGUGUUCCUAACCGUCCUCAUAACUAUUGCGGCGGCUCUGGCGUCGAGCCCUGAGGUCGGCUCGUCCAUGAAUAAGAUCGAAGGGUUGGCCACGAGACGUGCCACAUUGAUGAACAAACUAGAAAGUAAUGGAGCCUGUGGAGCCACCCCAGUGAGAGUAUUGCUAGUUGGGCUGCCAGGUGUGUAUGGGCUCUCGACCGAGCAGAGAAAGAGGCUCACGAUAGCGGUGGAUAAUUUUGAGGAAAACGAUACCCGUUCAAUUGAAGCUGCUCGGACGUCUAUCCUCUCCAAUGCGUGGCACCACGCGGCCAUCACUCGCCCGAAUCUCGACUUUGACGUACACGAUUUCAGAAUCGGUCGUGAUGAAGACGAGCCAAACAGCAGCUCACGCGACAAAUUCUCAAAAUUCGUGAAGAACACUAUUUUGAGGUACGAGCAACUGAAGCUGAAGAUCGGGAGUCUGAGGUUUCGUGAAUACACCGAAUGGGCUUACCCAAAAGAGAUAGUGAUUAGCAGCCGUUCGCUCGAGCGCUUGAAUUUCGUUUGCUUCGAGCAAUAUUCAGAGAAAAAAAUCAGGUUCGAUGUCCCGAAUCUCAACAAGUUCACGUACGAAGGUCCACCACAAAUGUAA